GCAUGCACAGUUUGUAAUAGUGCAGCAUCAAAGUAUAGGCGGCAUAUGUUUGGAUUAGUAGGUGUCAGGCUUCGGGUGUUAGUAAGGUGAUCGAGUGGAAUCAUCUUGUACGGGCCACAGCAGAUGAAGAUGGAAUAGAUAAGCUUCUUCGUGCCUAAAUAUUACUAUCAAAUAGGUAGUUUUUAUAUUUGCAACGUCUCUUAUCAUUGUCUGUUUUUUGUAUUUGAGCGGCGCCAUGACAUUUUUAAAGUCGUGGCCAGAAUUUGAGAAGGCUGUCGAGCAUCUGUAUCUAGCGAACCCAAUGAAGGUGAGGUACACAAUGAAGUACAUUCACUCGGAGGGCGUCCUUGCCGUGAAAAUCACAGAUGAUGUGAAGUGCGUCCAAUUCAAGACGGACUCGCAAAGUGACCUUAAGAACAUCAACGCCCUCCUGGCAAACCUUAUGAAGCACAUGGCCUCGAAAGAGGAAUGAAGAUGCUGCUAUCUCAUGCUUUGGACGAUGCUUCAGAAGCGCCGCUCGAGGCCGGUGUCACGGUGUUCACGUGCUCUUCGGGGAGGAGUAUCAGUGACGCGAGCGUGUUCGUGAGUUGAACUGCGCGUGUUAUGAUGCAGGAUGUGUUUGUUGUACGCGAUGAAUGCCGCUUGUGGGUCUUAAAGCUGUGUUGCUAGGUGGUGUCAUGGACGUGACGGUAGUUCGCUCCAUGCCGGGUUAUUUAUUAGGUGCUGGUUGUGGAUGAACAGAAAAGGCUGCCAUUGUUUUUUCACCGAAACGCUUUGAUGAAUUUGUCAUUACUUUCUGUUUCCAAGUGCUAUGCGUAGUGCAUUGAACUGUGAAAUACAUUGAAACGCCCGCGCCGUA